UCUGACUGACUCUGUGUGUCGGCGUUGCUAGAUGCAUCAGACCCGAUGGGCUCGCCCUAAAUACCGCCCUAUAAAUACCCACCCCUGAUGUUUUCAUCAGUGUUAGCCAUAGGUGUUAUCAUAACCUAUUAUUCUAACUGAUAAGAGCAACGAUUUCAAGUCUGAAUUCGUUAGACGGUACAUGAUUCGUGAACUUAUAAUCUGAUUUAAAUUGACAGAGUGAGAGUGCAGGAAAUUUAUUAAUUUAUCAGGCAGCGUGAUUGAAUGUGAAAUCUAUCGUAACAUUGUACUAUCAGAAGAACGUUCGUUGAUAGCUUUGUGUACAGCUGAAAGACGUACUACUUCACAUGAAAAAGUAUAAGUGAUGAAAUUCAACAAUCGUGUUACAUAGUAUUACUAACUUCAUGCUGCCAAAAAAAGUUUCCAAUUACAAUAGAUCAAGAUGCAUAAUAUAUCUGGACAGUUCCGGAAGACAACUUGGGAUCCUAUCUUAAUAAUUGCCCAAAUAGUUGCUGUUCAAAGCACAAUGUAUGUUUGCUUGGGAAUCUGGAUAUCGAUUGUUGUAUCACUCCUCGGAUCAACAAAAUCUCUUGAUUAUGCAUUUCAAUAUAGUGAAAUUCACGUUCGUGACUUUGGGGGAAAAAUGAUGAUCACAAUAUUUGUGCUUAACGCGUUAAUAGGGGCUCUAGCUCUAUGGUGGAUUGUUCAAAGAACUAAACAGUGUAUGGACUUUGCAUGUACAGCGCAUUUAAUCCACCUGUUUUGCUGUUGGGGUUACAACUGCAGUUUCCCAACAACUUUCAGCUGGUGGUGUUUGAAUAUUGUUUCUGUAAGCAUAAUGUGUGUUUGCGGAGAAUUUUUGUGCUUAAGAACGGAACUCCAAGCAAUUCCAUUGGGAAUGAACACCCAAAAAACAGCUUUGUAAAAAUUAGUUAAUACCUUACAAGUAUUUUAAUCUACCUGACUUAUUGAUAAUAGAAAAAACUAUUCAAGUGUUGUAGAUUAAUUUUUAAGAUUUAAAAAAAAUAACCAGAAAAAACAAAACA